UGUAUCAUGUUGACCUAAGACUCGGUACUGAAAAUGGCGCCGUUCAUUCAUAUUGUGGUAAGAGAAUCAUCUUGCUUCGUUAUCAUCUCUGCUGGGUGUUGCGCAUGCGUGGUACCAAAAGGGUUGCUAAACCCUGUCCGCAUUGCUCCGUUUGGCAAAGGAGGCUGUGUUGUCACUUAAUGAGGACAACUUUCACGUUGAAAGAAGUUGGGACAAUUUCAGGUGUGUAGAUAACCUAACAUGUCGAUGGUUCGCGUUGCUUUGUGGCGCACUUCCUGUAGAGUGACACCGAUAGUGCUUUCAUCUUACCCUUUAUCAAACAACGGGAACUCGUCGGUAGCAGAUGUCUAUAGUGGAAGGACAGGUCGGUGCGUUCACGUCGCUAAUACAACUCGUAAUUUCAGCUCCCAAACACACAACUCGAAGGUGCCUGCAGCUGCAACCUGGCAAGCAACCCCAGAGGAGCAGCUUCCUCCGCCAACACGAGUACCAGCCGACCUGGUAGACAAACUUGAACGUCUGGCCUUAGUUGACUUUCGUACCAAAGAGGGACUGGCCUGUUUGGAGAAAGCCAUUCGAUUUGCCGAUCAGCUUCAUGUUGUCGACACUUCAGGAGUGGAGCCAAUGGAUUCGGUUCUGGAGGACAGGGUUUUAUACCUGAGGGAUGAUGUAGUGAUGGAAGGCAACCAUGCAGAAGAACUUCUGCAGCUCUCCAAAAACACAGUGGAGGAAUAUUACAUGGCACCACCAGGAAAUAUUCCAUUACCACAGAGGGAAGAACGGGCCUCCAUGUUGAAAAACUCAGAAUUCUGAGAUCUCGGACUUGGAUUUUCAUUCAAUUUCAAAACUUAUCCUGUUCAGGCUGAUGGCUGGGCUGAAGCCUAUCCCAGCUCACUUUGGGCGAGAGUAGGGUAGACCCUGGAACGCUUAUCCUCAUUAGGGUAGCAGGGGUAUGCUCACUUUGAGCAGGAGGCAGGGUACACCCUGGACUGGUCGCCAGCCAAUCACAGGGCACGUAUAGACAAACAACCAUUCACACUCACAUUCAUACCUAUGGGCAAUUUGGAGUCGCCAAUUAACCUAGCAUGCAUGUUUUUGUGUGUUGAACGUUGGAAGUAACCGGAGUAUCUGGAGAAAACUUGCAAAAUCUCCACACAGAGAAGCCCAAGCGGAGAUUCAAAACCAGCUCUGCAGCCUUAAUCUUAGCAUAUUAAAACAAAAUGUUUUAAGUAAAGAUAUUUGGUAUUGUAAUACAUGACAUUUCUAUUGAAAUAAAUGCAGACAAGUCAAUAGCAUUUGUCAUUGCACUGUAUGACACUGAUUAUUUGAUAAUGAUAAUGCGCUUGUUGGGUGAUUAAAUAUAGGCUAAAUACUUGGAUCCAAACGCUUUAAUUCAAUCUUUAGGAUCAAUCACAAUAGGAUAUGAACAUUUUAGCACAGUACCAGACACAAUUUUAACCUUUUUAUAUGAUGUGCAAUACUACCAAAAGUACCUUUCCACAGGAUAUUUAUUGUGUAUCAGUGUGCACUGUACAGUAUUUCUUUUUAAAAGGCGCCCUCUGUUGGUCAUCUUGAGCAACAUGGUAUUUCUUUAUUAAAAUUGUCAACACAA